GUUCCUCCGCUCCUCCAUACCUCUCUGGCGGCUGACAGCGGUUGUGGUGGAGAUGAGCUUUGAGUGGCCCUGGCAGUACAAUUUCCCUCCCUUUUUCACAUUACAGCCAAAUGUUGAUACGAGACAGAAGCAGCUGGCGGCGUGGUGCUCACUCGUCCUGUCUUACUGCCGCCACAGGAAGCUUUACACAGUGGAUGUGCUGGAGGUUCAAGAAAGCCCAGUUUUCAACAACAAGAAGAUUGAGAGAAAGCUCUCUGUUGAGGCCAUACAGGUCGUCUUUGAGGAACUGAGAAAAAAAGGGAACCUGGAAUGGAUGGACAAAAACAAAACACGCUGUUUAAUCAUGUGGCGAAGACCCGAGGAGUGGGGCAAGCUGAUUUAUCAGUGGGUCUCAAAAAAUGGCAUGGUCAACUCAGUGUUUACACUUUAUGAACUUUCUAAUGGUGAAGACACAGAAAACGAAGAGUUCCAUGGGCUUGAGGACUGGAUGUUGCUGCGGUCGCUGCAGGCCCUGCAUGCCGAAGGGAAAGCGGAGGUCAUCACGCUAGACGAUGGAAAAGGAGUCAAGUUCUUCUGAAUUGCGCUUUUUCAGUUUCAGACUUUGGGAAGCGGGUUAUGGAGCUCCUUUAUGCCCAGCCUGAUCAUUUCUUUCCUUUAUGGUCUCCUGGUUUCAGAUGGGCUCCUGGCUGGUUUUAGAGCCGGUUUUCCUGACAUAGAUUAAGCCUUUUUGGGCUGUGGCUUGAAAACCAUAUCUCUAACCAUAGCACUCCAUUACUUAGAGGAACAGUUUGGUAAAAAAAAUCUGAUGUACGUGAUUUUUCCUCUUGCCACAAAUGCAGUCAUUGAGCCAAAACAUGUCUGGUGUCAAAAUGUUACUUCUUUAUUUUACAACCAGAGCUAAGGGGCUAAUGUUGCUAACAAGCACUGGACAUCAAUAGUCACCAAAAACCUUUCUGAAAAUACAUUCCCAGAAAUUCACCCAUUUGAGCCACAUCUAGGUAUAAAUUCAGGUCGUACAAAUAAGUCGGUGUGGUUUAGAACACAGAAUAACUCCGUAUGAACUAUACAAGCAUUGAAGAAACGUCUCCGUGUUGCCAAAAGAAGCAGAAACACUUCUUUUCUCAGGUAUCGUUUCACACAAGAUGGACAACAAUGGGGCUUCAGAACACAGAAGCACAGCAGAACAACAUUAGUAAAGAACUCAAAUGCACACACUUAAAAAGGACGGUACUUCAAAGGUUCUUUAGUAAAGACAGUGGUUCUACAUAGAACCAUAAACACUCAAAGAAACCAUUGCAUAAUUAAAGGGUUCUUUGUAUCAUGAAAAGGUUUUUGAUUGAUGGAUAGUGUGCUGUAGAUGGUUCUAUAUUGAAAAAUGGUUCUGCAUGUAUGUAUGUGUGUGUGUGUGUGUGUGUGUGUGUGUGUGUAUAGCUCUGGUUAGGACACGGUUAGAUGCUGGACCCACCACUGACUCUGCGGACCACCUCUUAGCCAUAUAUAGCAAGUGAGCACACCGAAGAUGAAAAGUAAGUUUGAAGUGGAAUAGAGCAGGAAAGCAAGACGUUAUGUGUUUAAUAACGUGGUUCUGAUUUGAGCUUAAAUGUAUAAUUAAGGUCCAUCUGUGUCAUUUUACUCAGUUGUUUUUUAAAAACGAGCUUACAUAAUUAAAUAGACAAUUUAAAGCAAGAAAAUUAUUAUCUCAUGUAUUUGUGGGAGCAGUUUUGGUGACUAUUUACUUCAGUGUUUGCUAGCACAGCGCUAGAACCAACUCCAAAAAUCUAGAGAACCUCAAAUCUAGAGCUAUAAAAUCAUACUGUAAAGAGCUAUAUGAACAGCUCCCAUCCAGAGCUGAACAAUGCAACUCUGAGCCUCUAGAAUAACAGUUCGCAUCAAGAGCUGUCUAAUCCAGUAUUAAAGAUCCAUAAGAACAGCUCCUAUCCAGAGCUGUACAAUGCAACUCCGAGGAUCUAGAAUAACGGCUCACAUCAAGAGCUGUUUAAUCCAAUAUUAAAGAUCUGUAAGAACAGCUCACAUCCAGAGCUGUGCAAUGCAACUCUGAGGAUCUAGAGUAACGGCUCACAUCAAGAGCUGUCUAAUCCAAAUCUAAAGAUCUAUAAGAACAGCUCACAUCCAGAACUGCACAAUUCUAUAAAGAUUUAUCAGAAAAGCUCACAACCAGAGCUGUACAUUCCAAUUUUGAAGAUCUUGAACAGCUCACAUCCAGAGAGCUGAACAAUCCAACUGUAAAAAUGUAUAAGAACAGCUUACAUGCAGAGCUAUACAGUCCAACUCUGAAGAUCUAGAACUCACAUCCAGAGCUCUACUCCUACUAUAUAGAUCUAUAAAAACAGCUCACAACCAGAGCUGAACAGUCCAACUCUGAAGAUCUAGAGUAACUUGCAUCCUGAGCUAUAAGAACCUACUAUCUACUACUACUAUAAUCCUAAUACUAUUAUCCUACUAAAGAUCUAUAAGAACAGCUCUUAAAACGUAUAAUUAAGGUCUAUUUGUGUCAUUUUACUCCGUUGUUUUUUAAAAAUGAGUUUACAUAAUUAAAUAGACAAUAUAAAGCAAGAAAAAGAUCAUGGCAUGUUUUUGUUCGAGCUGUUUUGGUGACUAGUUCAGUGUUUGCCAGCACAGUUAGUCUAGCAGUUCUAGAUCUAAACUAAAGCAAACGUGGACACAAAACAUGCAGUGGUUUAUCAGCUGCGUUUGUUGUAAGUGAAAAGUCACGUAAAUGUUAUUUUAAGCUGAACUAUUCCUAUAAAAGAAUACUGCAGUGAGUAACAUGAUUCCUUGUACCUGGGAAAGAACAGAAAACAUGUGGAUGUUUAUAAUAGAAGCCAAUGGGCUGAUGCUGAAACACCUGCCCAGUUGACCUCUUUUAUAAUUGUGCAUUGAGUUAACAGAUUUUCUGUUUUUUUGAAGUACGUCAUUCAUGGUAAUCAGUUUAAUAUAUAGAUGCAUCCAGUAUCAAUUAGGUUGAAUAAUCUUGGAGUAUUUCUUUGAUUAUUCCAUUUAAAGUCAUUGUUGUGUGUAUAAGACCAAAAUCCAUGAAUCCUUUCCUCGUUGGAACCGUUCUGAAUUGGUGGUUUUACACCUGACUAACUGACGUAAGAUGACUCGAGUCUGUUCAGUGAACUUGGCAAAACAUGACACAGAAUUUCACAAUUAAGACGUCGUGCAAAUGACUGAAAAGUGAGUAUCACAUAUCAGAAUAAAAUCUGGGAAAAUUCUCCUUUUCAAAUCCAUGUAAAUUUGGAUUUUGUUGGUUUUAGUGCUGUAAAUCCCAGCAGACUCUACUUGAAAAUCUCCUCCGUGUGCUACCAUGUAAACCCAAAAGACUUUCUGUUUUGGGUGGAAUCUUCUAAUGCUUCCUGACAAAGACACCUGAAGAGACAAACCUAGUGGUCUUGCGUAAAAUGUGCUGGUGCUGGCGGCGAUGUGGUUCAUAGCGACAGUUUGCUGAAACUUCUUAGUAGCAUUAAGUUAAACUUCUUGUCUCUGUCUGUCUCCCACCUCCUUUUAUACCAGUGAAUACUGUACAAAUAAAUGAGAGAGGUUUUCAUUUCUCUCUGUUCCAAU